AUGGACAGCGAAAAGGAUAUUGCUUCGCAGGUCGAGCAUCAGCUCGGCCCCUUGUCCAAGGAUGGGGCGUCGUCGGACGGCAGCCUGCCGGAGCUGGUGUGGACCGAGGAGGAGGAGCGGGCGAUCCGGCGCAAGAUCGACUGGCACACGGUGCCGCUGGUGACGCUGCUAUACAUGCUGUGCUUCCUGGACCGCGUCAACAUCGGCAACGCGCGCAUCCAGGGCAUGGCCGUCGACCUGGACCUGGGCGGCUUCAAGAUCAACUGGGCCCUGUCCAUCUUCUACAUCAUUUACCUGCUCGUCGAGGUGCCGAGCAACGUGCUACUCAAGCACAUUGGCCCGCGCUACUACUUGCCGCUGCUGGUGUGCGCCUUUGGCUUCGUGUCCAUGUGCACGGCCUUCGUGACGACCUUCGAGGGCCUGCUGGGCGCGCGCGCCAUCCUGGGCGUCUUCGAGGGCGGCGCCAUGCCGGGAAUGGCCUUCUUCCUCAGCUGCUUCUAUAAGCGCAACGAGCUGUUGUUCCGCAUCGGCAUCUACGUGUCGGCCGCGUCCAUCGCUGGCGCCUUCGGCGGGCUGCUGGCGGCAGGCCUGUCGCGCAUACCGGCGUGGGGUGUAGCUAGCAUGCGCAUCGCCAUGUGGCGCAAUAUCUUCUUCUUCGAGGGCGUCAUCACCAUCCUGGUUGGGCUGCUGUCGCCCAUCUGGAUGCCCAAUACGCCGUCCGACGCCUACUUCCUGAGCCCGCGCGAGCGGUUGAUCGCGGCGGAGCGGCUGGCGCGUGAGCACAAGGCCAACCCCAACGAGAAGGUGACUUGGGCCGACGCCAAGCAGGCCUUCUUGACGCUGCACAACUACACGUGUGCACUGGGCUUCUUCCUCAUCAAUAUCACCGUUCAGGGCCUGUCCGUCUUCCUGCCCACCAUCCUCAACGACCUGGGCUGGACCAACACGCAGGCCCAACUGUACUCGGUCCCGCCCUACGUGUGCGCCUGCUUCGUCGCUGUGGCCGUCGCCUACGCCAGCGACCGCACCCAGCAGCGUGGUAUCUGGCUGGCCGCCUUUUCGUGUCUUGCUGUCGUCGGUUUUGCCAUUCUGCGCUGGGCCGAGAAUGCAAACGUGCGCUACAUGGCCGUCUUCUUCGUCACCGUCGGCGCCUUUCCAGGCGGCCCGGGCUUCUUGAGCUGGGCUAUGAACAAUUCCGCGGGGCCUUCGGUGCGCGCCGUAACGACUGGAUACGUGGUAAUGCUGGGGACCAUGGGUGGCAUCGUUGCGACGUGGACGUACACGUUUCUCGAUGCACCAAAGUACCGCACGGGACACACCAUCAAUCUGGCCGGCAACCUCGCCGUCGUGUUCCUGUCCGUCUUUGGCAUCCUCUACUGCACGUAUGAGAACCGCGCCCGGGCUGCGGGCAAGAGAGACCACCGACUCGAAGGCCUAACCGAGGACCAGCAGGAGCGGCUGGGCAACAAGCACCCCCGUUUCCGCUACUGGACAUGA